GUUUAAAUAUAGCCCUGACAACGGCCUGCUGAAAUGGAUCUGGUGACGCUGGGUGGCUCCUGGAUGAUUGACGGAGUACAAAUACAGACAGAGUCACCCAGGCAGCCACUGCACCACAAGGGCCAGUUUUCCCAGGAGACCCACUUCCACAGGAGGCCUGACACACAGACGCCGAGAGACUCAUCCAAUUCACACUCAGGAAGAAGCGACAGGGCGGACAUGCUGGUUCAUCUGGGGCAUUGUAACAUGGCGUUGUCACAGCCACAGGGGCAUUUAGCAGGCACAUCUCGUCCAGAGGGACUCUACAGAAUGUCAGAGGGAGAAAUUACUGUGCUUUCCAUGGGGCCAACGACACAGCAAAACUACAGACCUCUCAUACGGCUCUACUGUAUGAACGGAGGACAUCAUCUGCAGAUUCUACCGGAUGGGACUGUCGCGGGCAGCAGAGAUGAAAAUAAAGAUGACAUCCUGAAGGUAAAAGCAGUGAGUGUUGGUGUGGUGGCCAUCAAGGGCCAUGAGACGGGCCGUUACCUGGCCAUGGACAAAGAUGGUCAUCUCUAUGGAUCGAAAACUCUGAAGGAUGAGUGUUACUUCCUGGAGAAGAUGGAAGAGAACCAUUACAACACAUACAGGUCUCAGAAGUACCAGGCCAAAGACUGGUUCCUGGGGCUCAAGAGGAACGGGCAGCCUAAAGCUGGCCAAAGGACACACAUAGGCCAGAAGGCCAUAUAUUUUCUGCCUCGGCCUGUUGACAACACCACCAUGUAAAGGCAGAAGACAGGAAAAGUCAACAAUGACCAUGUCACAGCAAUCAAUCACCUCAAUUCACUUUGAACAAUGUGCUCUUAAUCAAUAAGUAAAUGUGACAAAGCAUCAAUAAUAAUUAUGUUAUUAUAUUUUAUGAUCUAUGGGCCAUUUUAAUGUAUUCCUUUUGUACGAUAAUAGCAUAUGUAUCACACAAAUGGUUUCUUAUUUAUAUCCUAUGUUUCCUCAUAUUUGUUGGAGAAUAUUUAUUAAUAAAAUGAUGUAAAAAUA